AUGUUGGACGGGAAGGUAAUGCCCUGGCUUCAGGAGGCCAUGCAGACAGUAACCAUGCUAGAAUCCCGCCUCCAAGAACUAGAAGAAGACUGCAAGGCGAUACCGUUAUAUGAGCAGGACAGGUUGGAGAUGACCCAGGAGAUCCAGGACUUGGACGCGAUUGUCCAGCAGGAUCAGGGGUGGAUGGAUCAUGCGGAGAUAGUGGUCCAGUGGACUACUUCUGUCCUCGAGAACGCCCUCAUCUCCUCUUCCUCUGCAAGUCAUACCAACAACCACAACAGCAACGGCAGUCCUCGACAGAGCACACGGACUAGGACACGCACUGAAGAGGUGAUGCCUGGGCUGGGACGUAAUACCCGCUCUGAGGGGACGUUACCCUCCUUGAUCGCUGAGAAGUCCUCAACCUUGGGUAAUUUAUCUUCAUCGUCUGAAUCAAGGAUGGAGACAGGCGCGAAAAAACAGUUAUCGGAAUCGUCGGAUGCCGAUCCCUCCCAACCGGACCUCCCAACCAGCUCCGCCUGUAGUACAAAUGUCAACAAUACUGAUACUUCACGACUGUCGUCGGCCUCUUUGUCUACCGUACCGUCAUCAUCGCUCUCUCCCAACAAUAAUGACUCUUCAUCGUCCUCUGAUACGGUGGCAGUGAAGGAGUCACAGGAAGCGGUUUACAGGAAUGCGAUCAUGGCGGCGUUACAAUAUCUCAAGACCAUCGAAAUUGCUCCCUCCCUGUCAUCCACCUCUUCCUCUUCUUGCAAGACCAGCACCGAGAAUGGCAGUGGCAGAAAGUUGGCCUCUCGUGGACAUGGAAGUAGACAGGAGCAGGAAAAAGGAGCCCGGGAUGCUGUCAAACAAGGAAAGAGGAGGACGAGGACAAGGACGAGAGGUGCACCAGAUAGGGCGUUGAAAGAGUGGUUGGAGAACUCAAGUAUGAUGAGUCUGGUCAGCAAUAUCAUCACUGAGGAGUUGUUGCACGAGGACGAGGAUGAGGAAGGUGAGAGGGUGGAGGAUUUCUCGGUCAGUCGUGUCCUGGCGACCGUCGAGGAUAUGGACAGCAACAGGGACAGGAACACUGGUACCGAACUGGAUGUGCAGGCGAACACCCCAGAGUUGCGGUCUCCAUCCACUUCAUCAUCUUCACAGAUGCGUCGUUGUCGCCAACUCCUCGCCGGGUCCUUAGGCCCCCUUCAAAAGUCCAUUGAUACUACUUUUGCCGCCCACACCAUCACACAGCCCAAUCUACUCCCAAUCUCAACAAACACCUCGACAGAAACCCUGUUCCACGCCCUAAACUCAACCGCCGCAACAAUCUCAGGCUCCUCCCAAUCCCUCAACUCGAUCCUCUCCCCCACCUUCAUCGACGAACGCGUCUUUUUAAAACAACACAUCCUCCAUCUCGACAAGUUACGGGUCCAAGAACUAAACCGGCAUCAGAAGAUUGAGGAGGGGCAUCAGCAAUUGGUGAGGGAUCUGAGGAGGUUUUCGAAAGAGUUGUUGGGGAGUGUGAAUGAGUUGACGUGUGCGCAGGCGGCGCUGGAUGAGGCGAGUGAAUUGGCGUUGUUGGCGUUGAGGUGUCUUGAGAAGGGUGUUCCAAGUGGCGGUGGUGCCGGUUCGAUGAUGGUGGUGGUGGUAGAUAUGGCGGGUUCUCAACAGAAACAGCAACCAGAUAAUGUCAGUGACGAAAAUUAUAUGGCUACAACGACAACCAUCCGACAGAAAAGGCUGGUCGCGGCAUCGAGGAAGGAACUGGAAUCAAGCGGUGAGCUGGUAGGAGAAUGCAUCACACGGAUCCGACAGCUGGCUGCAGAUUGUGUUGGCAUCACCGAGCUCGCCGGAAAAGGCCACCACUACCAACAAUCACCUGGCACAGGAGGCAUCAACGCGUCCUUUAUUCACCCUGCGCUCAACUUGGUUCGUAAUGCUGCCAUGGAUGGAGGAGAGGUUGGUGAAGGUGAGUUGCAGAGGAAAGAGUUUGCGGCGACGGUGUUACCACUAGAGUCGAAGGCGACUCCGAUUGCUGUCGAGAAGUUUGUGGAUGGGAUUACGUUCCAGGAGUUUGAGGACCACCUUACCUCCAUCCGAUCCUCUUCUUCCAACAACAACAACAACAGUGCACCAUCCGAAUCAAACAUCUUCAAGCGCACCUUUCCUUCCUCCUCCUCCUCCUCCUCCUCGGCUCGACUCACCGCCAACAACACAAAUGUGGGCAGACGCAAUCACCCUUCUACAACCAAUACAGGCCAGUCGGAAUAUAUGAGGAAAGUCCUCGCCGAGGAUAUCUACCCCUGUCUUUUAAUCAAUCAUAACGGACGAUCCCCGACAACGGCUGCUACGGUGGCAAAAAGGCAGAGUUCUGGAUGGAUGAGCGCCUUCCUGUCCUCUUCCUCGACACUAUCCUCGGCGUCAUCACCUCCUCUCCGACAUGGGAUCAACAACAACACAAACAGCAAUGUACAAGGGCUAUGGGUACAACGACUCCUGAAAGCCAUGGAAGCCAACGCCUGUGAGAUCGAAGCCUGGAAACAUUCACCACCACCACCACCGCCAGUUACCGCAACAGGCAACACGACUACGAAUGCAGGAUCGAUGCUGGUGGUGAACAGGACGACAACAGCAGCAGCCCCCAAGACCGCAUGCUGCCUCUGCGGAUCUAUCCGGUCCUGCGAAUUCCGCCUCCGCCUCCUCGACUCUUCCUUUUCAUCCUCCUCCACCUCCUCCUCUUCAUCCUCCUCGGCCCCCAACUCAUCAACCAUCCCUUCCUCAACUCAACCACCUCAACAACAGCAAUACCAUGCACUGGACAGGUUCUGUCGCGAACGGAUAGUUGCCGUAUGCGACUUCUUCAUGUUCUUGGCACACCUCCGACAGGGGCUGUUGAACCAGCCGACGAGUUUGGAAUUGUUUAGACGUGCGCUGGGGUUGAGGCAGCGGAUGGCGUAUGCGAGGAUUGGGUCUAUGGAUUUGGUUGGAGGAGGGGGAAGGACUGUGGGCGGCGGUGGUGGUGGUGGUGGUGAGGCGUCGUUGUAUGUUACUCGUGAGUAG